GCCGCGCGCUGCCAUUGGCCGAGACGGCUACGAGGCGGGGUCUGCAGACGCGGGCGGCAGCUGUGUUGUCAUUAGGCUGCGGGUAGAGGACACGGGCAAGAUGGCGGCAGUGUCGGCUCUGGUGCAGCGACCCCUACGGCAGGUUUCCGGGCUGCUGAAGAGACGCUUUCACCGAACCGCGCCCGCGACACUGCAGGUGACAGUUCGUGAUGCUAUCAAUCAAGGUAUGGAUGAGGAGCUGGAGAGAGAUGAGAGGGUAUUUCUGCUUGGGGAAGAAGUUGCCCAGUAUGAUGGAGCAUACAAGGUUAGUCGGGGCUUGUGGAAGAAGUAUGGAGACAAGAGGAUCAUAGACACGCCCAUAUCUGAGAUGGGCUUUGCUGGAAUUGCUGUGGGUGCAGCUAUGGCUGGGUUGCGGCCCAUUUGUGAAUUUAUGACCUUCAAUUUCUCUAUGCAAGCCAUUGACCAGGUUAUAAAUUCAGCCGCCAAGACCUACUACAUGUCGGCGGGCCUCCAGCCUGUGCCCAUCGUCUUCAGGGGGCCUAAUGGUGCCUCAGCAGGUGUAGCUGCCCAGCACUCCCAGUGCUUUGCUGCAUGGUAUGGGCACUGCCCAGGCUUGAAGGUGGUCAGCCCCUGGAAUGCAGAGGAUGCAAAAGGACUUAUUAAAUCAGCCAUUCGGGAUAACAAUCCAGUGGUGGUACUAGAGAAUGAACUGAUGUAUGGAGUUCCUUUUGAAUUUCCUGCAGAAGCUCAGUCAAAGGAUUUUCUGAUUCCUAUUGGAAAAGCCAAAAUAGAAAGGCAAGGGACACACAUAACUGUGGUUUCCCACUCGAGACCUGUGGGCCAUUGCUUAGAAGCUGCAACAGUGCUUUCUAAAGAAGGAGUUGAAUGUGAGGUGAUAAAUCUGCGUACCAUUAGACCAAUGGACAUUGAAACCAUAGAAGCCAGUGUCAUGAAAACUAAUCACCUUGUAACCGUGGAAGGAGGUUGGCCGCAGUUUGGAGUAGGAGCUGAAAUUUGUGCCAGGAUCAUGGAAGGCCCUGCCUUCAAUUUCUUGGAUGCUCCUGCUGUUCGUGUCACUGGUGCUGAUGUCCCUAUGCCUUAUGCAAAGAUUCUGGAAGACAACUCUGUACCUCAGGUCAAAGACAUCAUAUUUGCAAUAAAGAAAACAUUAAAUAUCUAGUUCAGGUUUGAACCUCAAGUCAUUGAAAUUUAUUUAAAAUAAUGGCUGGGACUUGUGGAUUGGACUGAAAGAUCUUACUGCUUAUAAAGAAAUCUGUAAGGCAACAAUAUUUUAUACUGGUAAAAAGCUAAGUGUGUUUUAGUGGGAAACUCCACACGCCUGCAGCAGAUUGCACUGUGUCUGUUACAGCUGCCCUGUUCCUUGAGUAAGAUUGAUAUACAAGGACAGGAUCCUGAUGACACAGCUCAAUGAUAACUUAUAUGUAUAAAAGACAUUGUAUAAAUUUACUGUUACAGUGUUUUGAUAAUAAAGGAAUUCAUUACUAUGA